AUGGCAGCCCUUUGCAGCGUGCCCCCCGAAAUCCUCGUCCCGGCCACCAACGAGACGCUGGAGCUGGCGCUGGGGAGCCGGGUGGCGCUGAACUGCACCGUGCGCUGGGCAGGCAGCGAGCCCUGCGAGCCCGUCCCCGCCUGGACCAAGGAUGGGCGAUGGCUGGGCAGCGAGAGCAGCCAGGACACCGCCUGGUUAGCCCCAAACACCUCGGAGCGGCUCCUCGCCAGCGUCCUGCAGCUCAACCUCACGCACGAUGCUGAUUUUGGGGUGUUUGCCUGCUGGGUCAGCAACGCCACGGCCACCUUCACCCUGCGGCGAGUGGAGGUGGCAGGCCACGUGCCCGCGGUGCUGGCAGCCCUCCUGGUCCUGGUGCUCCUGGUGCUCCUGGCCGGGCUCUACGUCCGAUGCCGCCUGAGCAUGCUCCUCUGGUACCGGAACCGCUACGGCGACCUGGAGGUGAACGGUGAGCCACCAGAGAAGGGCACAGAGACCCCAUCGUCCGACUUCUGGAAGGAGCUGUGCCUGGCCCUGCCCCGCAAGGUCUCCUUCCAGGGGACCAUGGGGGACCCGCAGACCCAGCUGCAGGAGGACAAGGACCCCAUGCUGAUCCUGCACAGCAGCUACCUGGACAGCGGAGGAGACCUCCACCCCGAUGGGGACCUCGGGACAGGCCUCCGAGGGUGUGUUUUCAGGAGCCCCCCGCCUCCCCGCAUUGGCGGCCUCGGCGCUCCCAUGGCUUCGGCUGCCGGCGUGACGGAGGACACGCAGCUGAGGGACGGCCACAGACCUGAGCUCGACGUCUCAGACCUGGGGUCACGCAACUACGGCGCCCGCACGGACUUCUACUGCCUGGUGACAGAGGAUGACAUCUGA